AUGCAGUGCUGUUGUGGCCCAUGCUGCUGUCAGCUAUGCUGCUGCCAGCCAUGCUGCUGCCAGACCACCUGCUGCAGGACCACCUGCUGGCUGCCAACUACCUGCUGCGGGACCACCUGCUGCUGGACCACCUGCUGCCAGACCACCUGCUGCGGGACCACCUGCUGCUGGACCACCUGCUGCUGGACCACCUGCUGCCAGACCACCUGCUGCAGGACCACCUGCUGCAGGACCACCUGCUGCGGGACCACCUGCUGCCAGACCACCUGCUGCGGGACCACCUGCUGCUGGACCACCUGCUGUCAGACCACCUGCUGCCAGACCACCUGCUGUGGGACCACCUGCUGCCAGACCACCUGCUGCCAGACCACCUGCUGCUGGACCAUCUACUACUGGACUUUCUGCUACAGAACCACCUGCUAUAGGACCACUUGCUGCGGGACCACCUGCUGCGGGACCACCUGCUGCCAGACCACCUGCUGCGGGACCACCUGCUGCCGGACCACCUGCUGCCAGACCACCUGCUGCCAGACCACCUGCUGCCAGACCACCUGCUGCGGGACCACCUGCUGCGGGACCACCUGCUGCAGGACCACCUGCUACAGGACCACCUGCUGCCAACCACCUGCUACAGGACCACCUGCUGCUAGAUCACCUGCUGCUGGAUCACCUGCUGCUGGACCACCUGCUACGGGACCACCUGCUGCUGGACCACCUGCUGCGGGACCACCUGCUACAGGACCACCUGCUAUAGGACCACCUGCUGCCAACCAGCUGCUGCGGGACCACCUGCUGCAGGACCAUCUGCUGCCUACCACCAUGCACUAG